AUGAACGCACCAGAUUCGAUCGUGCGUCCCGCCUCUGCGAAGUUGGCUCUGGUGCUUGUCCCUUGGACCAUGGUCCACCUCGGCUUCAUGGAGCUGCCGCUUUCGGGCCCGUUCAACUUCGCCAUCGCUUCAGGGGGCAUGCUCAUGGGCAUCGUCGUGUCCAUCCUGUGCUACCAGUUGUCCGAGCUCACAGGGCCGGCGCUUCCGCUGGGGGGCGCCGAGGCGCUCAAGGCGCGUGGAUUUUUGGGGUUUGGGGACGAUGGUGGCGACGUGCUCACAAUCGAGGCCGCAGUCGAUGGUUUCGCAAAGGCAUGCCGCGUGCCGAUGCUGGCGACGGUUUCCUGGUCCGUGGUCUACUACAACAUGCUUGGCACAUCAGUGAAUGGGAUGCCCCUUGCCCCGCCACGCGCCAACCAGUCCUCCGGGAUGCCUCCACGCGUCGUAUCCGUCUUCCUCACCUCGCUCUGGCUCUACACCAUCUUUGUCGACGCCGGCUCUGCCGGCGUCCUCGGCCUCGCCCUGGUCGUGCAGCGGCUCGUCUACCCCUUCUUCUACAUGGCCUCCGAGGAUGAGAGCAAGGCGAUGGGCGCCGGCUGCGUGUAA